AUGUCGCGUGCGGCCAAUUGCUCUCCUGUUGCCAUGGUGCCUGGUGACGAGGCUGGUCUUCAGCUGGCUUGCUUCCCAGAGGUCAUCGUGUGCAACAGCAGCCUGUGGCUGAAUACCAGCGGCAGCAGCAGCACAGACCACGUCCCUGACGUCUGCCUGAGCCAAGACGAGUACCUGGAGAGGCACCUGGGGCCGCGUCGCUCCGGCGACUUCCUGCCCAUCUGCGUCACCUACCUGACCAUCUUCCUGGUGGGCGUGCUGGGCAACGUGAUGACCUGCGUGGUCAUCGCCUCCAACCGGGUGAUGCGCACGCCCACCAACUACUACCUGUUCAGCCUGGCCGUGUCCGACCUGCUGGUGCUGCUGCUGGGCCUGCCGCUGGAGCUGUACGAGAUGUGGAGGAACUACCCGUUCUUACUGGGCCGCGGCGGCUGCUACUUCAAGACCUUCCUGUUCGAGACGGUGUGCUUCGCCUCCAUCCUGAACGUGACGGCGCUGAGCGUGGAGCGCUACAUCGCCGUGGUGCACCCGCUCAAGGCCAAGUACGUGGUGACGCGCACGCACGCCAAGCGCGUCAUCCUCAGCAUCUGGGCGGCGUCGGUGCUGUGCGCCGUGCCCAACACCAGCCUGCACGGCAUCCUCACGCUGCCGCCGGGCUCGGGCGCGGCGGGUAUCCCCGAGUCGGCCAUCUGCACGCUGGUGAGGCCGCGCUGGCUUUACAACCUGCUGAUCCAGGUGACCACGCUGCUCUUCUUCAUGCUGCCCAUGCUCACCAUCAGCGUGCUCUACCUGCUCAUCGGACUGCGGCUGCAUCGGGAGAAGGUGCUGGAAGUUCUGGAGGACAAGUCCAGCCGCGGAGGUCAACUGAGCCACGCCGCCGCGCGCUCCAAGCAGCAGAAGGCCAGACGCCAGCAGGUCACCAAGAUGCUCUUUGUCCUGGUGGUGGUGUUUGGGAUCUGCUGGGCGCCGUUCCACGUGGACCGGCUGAUGUGGAGCUUCAUUGACGACUGGACCAGCGAGCAGCUCCACCUCUUCCAGUACGUGCACCUGGUCUCAGGCGUCCUCUUCUACCUCAGCUCGGCCGUCAACCCCGUGCUCUACAACCUCAUGUCCAGCCGCUUCCGCGAGAUGUUUAAGGAGGCCAUGUGCCACCGCCACGGCUGCCACCCCGUGCCCGCCAGGAAGCAGUCGCUCAGCAUGACCCGCCUCACGCUGCGCAGCACCCUCAGCGAUGGCCCACAAUGCAACAUUAAACCAGACACCAACGCCAAAGCCGACAACGCUGAGUCAGCGUUCACGUGA